AUGAGAUUUGAUGAGGCCUUUCCAUUCAUAAGAAUGAGGACAAAAUUCUUGUGCUGGCUAAUGCCGUCCUGUUUCCUCGUGCAUGCAGUGGAACGGGAAAAUGUACAGAAGAGGACCUUUACGAGGUGGAUAAACCUACACUUGGGAAAGUGCAAGCCUCCUCUGAAAGUGAAAGACUUGUUUCUUGACAUACAAGAUGGCAAAAUCUUGAUGGCACUACUGGAAGUCCUGUCAGGACAAAAGCUGAUGCACGAGUACAAAUCAUCAACCCAUCGCAUUUUUCGCUUGAACAACAUAGCCAAAGCCCUUAAGUUCUUGGAAGACAGUAAUGUAAAGCUCGUUAGCAUUGAUGCAGCAGAAAUAGCAGAUGGAAAUUCCUCUCUGGUACUUGGACUAAUAUGGAAUAUAAUCUUGUUUUUUCAGAUUAAGGAGCUGACAGGCAACCUCAACAGGAACUCCUCCUCCUCCAGCCUGUCCUCCGGGCCCAGUGGUCCCGAGUCAGACACGUCCCACCCCAGCACUCCCAACGUGGAGAGAAGCGUGUCCAUUACGGUGAAGGAUCAGCGGAAAGCCAUCAGAGCCCUUCUAAUCUGGGUUCAGAGGAAAACCAGAAAGUACGGUGUUGCAGUUCAGGACUUUGCCAGCAGUUGGAGGAGUGGCCUCGCUUUCUUAGCUAUCAUAAAAGCAAUAGACUGUACUUUGGUAGACAUGAAGCAAGCACUGGAGAAAUCGGCUCGAGAAAACCUGGAGGAUGCUUUCAGCAUAGCACAAAACAAGCUGGGUGUUCCUCGGCUCCUAGAACCAGAAGAUAUCAUGGUGGAAUCACCCGAUGAACAGUCAAUUGUGACGUACGUGGCACAGUUUCUGGAACACUUCCCAGAGCUGGAAGGGGAAGACUUUACAGAUCCUGACAAGGAGCUUCCAAUUGAGUCCACGUAUGUCCACAUCAAAGACACACCUUCAGAAAAGGAAGGCAAAAUCUUGAUUUUAAGUGAAAGUGAAGAAAGCAUGUAUACUGUUAAUCACGAAAGGAGUCAUCCUGCCCCUCCAAAGGUCCAUAUUCAUGACACCAUUGAGAGAAUCCCGUCAGAAACUGUUCCUGAAAAAUGUAAUGGGAAGUGGAGUCAAGCAUUAGGUGAUUCACAGGAAAGGUCUGAAGAGGAGCCUCAGAGGCCAACCUCUCUGAAAAUUACAGGGUCUGUCAGUUUUGAGUCCAGUUCCUCCUGGGAGGUUCUAAGUGAUAAAUUCAUGCCAGGUGAAGGCGGCAUAUCUGAUGAUCCACUGAAACAGAACGAUGACCCUUCUCCAGCUGCUCUGACAGGUCAGAAAAAUUCUGCUGACUCUUUUGAAGACUACUCUGAAGAAUUAACUAAAGAAACCUCUACUGAAUAUGACAAUGAAACUAAGAGCCUUUCAGCCAAUACUUCUUCUUUGAGUCCAUUAUCCUGGACUUCGGGCAUACUUACAGAUGAAUCUAUAAAUAAAGUAGAAGAGAGCAAACCCCAAACUUCAAUUCUUUUACCAGAAGUUAUCUCAAAACAAGAAGAUACACAUAAGUAUGUUCUUCAUCUUCUAAAUGAGGAAAUUGUGAAACUUCCACAAAACGAAGAUGCAAAGCCAUCACCUGUCUUUGAGACAGCAGAAACUAACCACUGUUCAAUGAAUGGUUCUGACCUCAAAAGCCAGGAACUAUCUACACAGCAUGAAACAUCUGAUGACUCUCUCUCAGAUGUGUCUAAAAAUCUAGAGGACCUGGACAGCUGUGAUGAAGUUGAGUCUUCAGCUGAAGCGCUACCCAGUUCUUCGAAAGUAUCUGUAAUACCCCAUGACCUCUUUUAUUAUCCACAUUAUAAUGUUCCAAUAUCAGCAGUUUUGGACGCUUACCUUGAGCCUUGUAUUGCAGGUUAUGAUACUGGAAAUGACAAAGCUUCUUCUGAAACAGGAACAGAUGUUUUACAUGAGAAGGGCUUACCAGAACAGAGCCACAGGGAAGAUGCUCCAGAGCCAGACUUAGGGAAUAAGCUAGGUUUGCCUCUAUCAGAUAUGGAUACUGAGAGCAGCAAGAAGGAAACAAGAGAUACUAACAGUCACAUGAAUUCUUCCGAUGAGAAAGAAGUGCCAUUACUAGUAGAAGAAUUAGAAACUGAAGAAGAUGGCAAAAACGCCACCAACCAUCAAGAUUCCACUAUUCCACAGCGUCCUGAGGCUGUAAUAGAAGAUUUAGUGGAUUUACCAAUAGCCAUGGAAAGACCAGAAAAAUGGAGUAACAGGGAGGAAGAAGGGAAACAUAUGAUCAAAGCAGAAGACUUGCAGAUCUCAGAAGUUGUCACGACUACUCUGUCACGAGACGAACUGGAAGAAAUGGCUGAUUGUCAGGAAUUUACCAGAAGCAGUGACACUAAUUCCAACAUUUAUCUCCGAAAAAGAUCUUCUAAUACUUCUGAGGAGGAAACCUAUGGUGUAAACAAGCAGGAGAUGAGAGAUGUGGGUGAAAAUCCACUAAUCGUCAGGAAGAAAAAGGUCUUGGAAGCAAGUGAGACUCCAGCACCAACUCAUGAGAUUACAAUUGUUGAGCAGCCAGAGCUAUUCUACUUCAUCAUUUUCUUCUGGGUGCUGGUCUACUGCCUUUUACUCCUUCCACAGCUUCUCAGCAACAAAGUUUGA